CCAGCUGCUGACUUCAAACUAGAAGGUCAGCAAAGGAAAGUGGAAGUUGGAUUUUGAAUGAUCAAGAUCCCCGCGGGGAUUGAACUGUGGUCAGGAUUUGGGAAACUUGCACAGCUAGCCUGGGACUUUUCCUUGGAUUUCUUGCCUGUUGCCUAGAUUUGUCUUCUCUCUUCGGAUAUCAAGAUGAAUGUGCAGGCUUGCUCUAGGUGUGGGUAUGGAGUUUAUCCUGCCGAGAAGAUCAGCUGUCUAGAUCAGAUCUGGCAUAAAGCAUGUUUUCACUGUGAAGUUUGCAAGAUGAUGUUAUCGGUGAAUAACUUCGUGAGUCACCAGAAAAAGCCGUACUGUCACGCCCAUAACCCCAAGAACAACACUUUCACAAGUGUCUAUCAUACUCCAUUAAAUCUAAACGUGAGGAAGUCCCCAGAAGCCAUCCAUGGGAUUGAUGACCAAGAUGAGGGCGGACAGUUUAAGUCAGUUUUUCACUGGGACAUGAAAUCCAGGGAUGGAACAGCUGCACCUAACGGGCAGCCCCCGAUAAACGAGAGAGCCUAUUGGAUUGGGUAUGGGGAAGGGAAUGCUUGGUGCCCAGGAGAUCUGCCAGAACCCGAAAUCGUAAGGAUGGUUGAGGCCCGAAAGUCUCUUGGUGAGCAGGAGUAUACAGAAGACUAUGAGCAGCAGAGAGGCAAGGGGAGCUUUCCAGCCAUGAUCACGCCUGCUUAUCAAAGAGCCAAGAAAGCCAACCAGCUGGCCAGCCAAGUGGAAUACAAGAGAGGGCAUGACAAGCGUGUUUCCAGGUUCACCACGGUGGCGGAUACUCCUGAGCUGCUACGGUCCAAGGCAGGGGGACAGCUUCAAAGUGAUGUGAGAUACAUGGAAGACUAUGAACAGCAGAGAGGGAAAGGCAGUUUUCCUGCCAUGAUCACACCCGCUUAUCAGAUCGCCAAGAGAGCCAAUGAGCUGGCCAGUGAUGUGAGGUACCAUCAACAAUAUCAAAGGGAAAUGAAGGGAAUGGCUAGUUCGGCUGCUGGAGCUGCAGGCACAAGGGAAUGCAUGGACCAAUAUGGCCAGCAGGGCUACUUGGAGGACUAUCAGGAGCACAGAGGAAAAGGCAGCUUCCCCGCCAUGAUUACCCCCGCUUAUCAGAAUGCCAAGAAAGCCAACGAACUCGCCAGUGAUAUAAAAUACAAGCAGGACUUCAAUAAGAUGAAAGGCCCUGCACAUUAUCACUCCCUCCCAGCCCAAGACAACUUGGUCCUCAAGCGGGCCCAGAGCGUGAACAAGCUUGUGAGCGAGGUGGAAUAUAAGAAGGACCUGGAAAGUAGUAAAGGUCACAGUAUCAACUACUGUGAGACGCCUCAAUUCAGGAACGUGAGCAAGAUCUCAAAAUUCACCAGCGAUAAUAAAUAUAAGGAAAAUUAUCAGAACCACAUGAGAGGCCACUAUGAAGGAGUUGGUAUGGACAGACGGACUCUCCAUGCUAUGAAGGUUGGAAGCUUGGCCAGCAAUAUUGCCUACAAGGCUGAUUAUAAACAUGAUGUUGUGGACUACAACUACCCAGCCACUCUCACUCCUUCCUAUCAAACAACAAUGAAACUGGUUCCCUUGAAAGAUGUCAAUUACAGGCAAAGCAUCGACAAGUUGAAGUACAGUUCUGUGACCAACACUCCUCAGAUUAUCCAAGCCAAAAUCAAUGCCCAGCAACUGAGUCACGUGAAUUAUCGUGCUGACUAUGAGAAAAAUAAGUUGAAUUACACCUUGCCACAGGAUGUACCUCAGCUGGUGAAGGCCAAAACCAAUGCUGAACUAUUUAGUGAGGUUAAGUACAAAGAAGGCUGGGAGAAGGCCAAGGGGAAAGGAUUUGAGAUGAAGCUGGAUGCGAUUUCUCUGCUAGCUGCCAAAGCCUCCGGAGAGCUCGCUAGCAACAUUAAAUAUAAAGAAGAGUAUGAGAAAACAAAAGGCAAAGUCAUGGGCACUACAGACUCGAGGCUUCUGCACUCCCUGCAGGUGGCCAAGAUGAGCAGUGAGGUUGAAUACAAGAAAGGCUUUGAGGAGAGUAAGUCCCACUUUCACCUCCCCAUGGAUAUGGUACACAUCAAGCAUGCUAAGAAGGCCCAAGCUCUGGCCAGUGACCUAGACUACAGGACAAAGCUGCAUGAAUAUACCGUACUGCCUGAAGACAUGAAGACUCAGUGGGCCAAGAAAGCCUAUGGGCUUCAGAGUGAGCUGCAGUACAAGGCCGACCUAGCAUGGAUGAAAGGAGUCGGGUGGCUGACGGAGGGAAGUCUCAAUCUGGAACAGGCCAAGAAGGCUGGGGAGCUGGUCAGCGAGAAAAACUACCGGCAGAGGGUGGAUAAGCUGAAGUUCACCAGCGUGGCCGACAGCUCCCAGAUGGAGCACGCCAGGAGGAGCCAGGAGCUGCAGAGCGGGGUGGCCUAUAAGGCAGGAAACGAGCGGUCUGUCCAUCAGUACAGCAUCAGCAACGACGAGCCUCUCUUCUUACAGGCCCGAGCCAACGCUGCCCAUCUCAGUGAGAAACUGUAUAAGAGCAGCUGGGAAAACCAGAAGGCAAAAGGGUUUGAGCUGCGUCUCGACUCCUUGGGCUUCCUGGCAGCCAAAGCCAACAGGGACCUGGCCAGUGAGGUGAAGUACAAGGAAGAUUACGAGAGGUCCCGAGGGAAGCUCAUUGGGGCGAAGGACGCCCGGGGCGAUUCACAAAUGAGUCACUCACUGCAAAUGUCCAAGCUGCAGAGUGAGCUCGAGUACAAGAAAGGGUUCGAGGACACCAGAUCCCAGUGCCACGUCUCCCUGGACAUGGUCCACCUCGUGCACGCCCGCAAGGCCCAGCAUCUAGCCACAGACAUCGGCUACAAGACAGCAUCUCAUCAGUUCACCUCUUUGCCCACGGACAUGAAGGUGGAAUGGGCCAAGAAGGCAUACGAUUUACAGAGUGAUAACCGAUACAGGGCAGAUGUGAGGUGGAUGAAAGGCACGGGCUGGGUCGCCACCGGGUCAUUAAAUGUGGAGCAGGCGAAGAAGGCAGGAGCACUCAUUAGCGAGAAGAAGUACCGUCAGCAUCCAGGUGCUUUGAAGUUUACCAGUAUUAAAGACACUCCGGAGAUGGUCCAGGCCAGAAUUAGUUAUACCCAAGCAGUGGAUAGGUUGUACAGGGAACAAGGAGAAAACAUAAAGCAUCAUUACACUCAGACAGCCGACCUCCCUGAAGUCCUGCUGGCCAAGCUGAAUGCCAUGAAUAUCAGUGAGACACGUUAUAAGGAAUCCUGGAGCAAACUUCGGGACGGUGGCUAUAAGCUGAGAUUGGAUGCCAUUCCGUUCCAGGCAGCAAAGGCUUCUGGCGAAAUCAUAAGUGAUUACAAAUACAAAGAGGCAUUUGAGAAAAUGAAAGGGCAGAUGCUUGGCUCCCGGAGCUUGGAAGACGAUCUCAGCCUCGCACAUUCAGUGUAUGCGAACUCGCUGCAGAGCGAAGUGAAUUACAAGAAAGGCUUUGAACUCUCAAAGGCACACUUCCAUCUGCCGUUGGACAUGGUAACCCUGGUGCAUGCCAAAAAGGCUCAGGGCCUGGCCAGCGACCAGGACUACAGACACCCGCUCCCCCAGUACACUUCCUUGGCCGAAGACCUGAGGCUCAGCUGUGCCAAGAAAGCUCAUAAGUUGCAGAGCGAGAAUUUGUACCGGUCAGACCUGAACUUCAUGCGAGGCGUUCCCUGUGUCAUCCCGGGCACGUUGGAGAUCGAAGGGAGAAAGAAAGCGUCUGAACUCAUCAGUGAGAGUAAAUACCGUCAGCAUCCCCAGUCAUUCAAGUACACAGCAGUGACAGACACGCCCAGCCUCCUUCAUGCAAAACUCAGCAACCAGAUUACCAAUGAGCGCCUCUAUAAAGCAGCCGGAGCAGAUGAAAUGCACCGCUACACCCUGACCCUGGGGCUGCCCGAGCUGGUCCGAGCGAAAGCAAACGCAGCCAAUCUGAGUGACGCAAAAUACCAGGAGUCUUGGCGUAAUCUUCGUGCUCAAGGCUACAAGCUGACAAUAGAUGCUCUCCCCUUCCAGGCUGCUCGUGUCUCUGGAGAUCGAGCCAGUGAUUUUCUCUACAGACAUGACUUUGUGAAGGAGCGAGGAAGGCUGAUUGGGGUCCGGAGUGUGAGCGACGACCCCCGGCUCCAGCACUGCUGGCGGGUGGGCCAGCUGCAGAGCGAGCUUCAGUACAGGCGCGGGGCGGCCAGCAGCCACGCCCAGUGUCACCUGCCCUUGGACAUGGUGCACCUGGUCCAUGCCAGGAAGGCCCAGGCCCUCGCCAGCGACCACGACUACAGGACACGGUGCCACGAGUUCACGGCUCUGCCUGAGGACCUGAAGAUGUCCUGGGCCAAGAGAGCUCAUGCCCUGCAGAGUGAGUUUCGCUACAAGUCAGACCUGAUGGGCAUGAAGGGAACGGGAUGGCUGACACUGAGUUCCCCCCAGCUAGAGAGUGCAAAGAAGGCUGGAGAACUCAUCAGCGAGACCAAAUACCGUAAGAAACCAGAUAGUAUCAAGUUCACCACGGUGGUUGACUCCCCAGACCUGGUUCAUGCCAAGAACAGCUACAUGCAUUGCAAUGAGCGCCUGUACAGGCUGGGGGAUGCGGAAUCCCUGCACAGGUACACCCCGAUCCCCGACCACCCGGAUUUCGCCCGAGCCCGCCUCAACGCACUGCAUCUGAGUGACAAAGCCUACAGAAGCUCUUGGGAACAGACCCGGGCUGGCGGCUAUGACUUCAGGCUGGAUGCCAUUCCAUUCCAGACUGCCCGGGCAUCCAGGGAGAUUGCCAGUGAUUUCCGGUAUAAAGAGGCCUUCCUACGGGACCGGGGCCUGCAGAUUGGUUACCGCAGCGUCAACGACGACCCAAGGAUGAGGCAUUUCCUCAGCGUCGGCAAACUCCAGAGUGACAAUGAGUACAAGAAGGACUUUGCCAAGAGUCGGUCCCAGUUCCACAGCCGCCCGGACCAGCCCGGCUUCAUCCAGGCCAGGAGGAGCCAGCAGCUGGCCAGCGACACAGGCUACAGGCAACCCCUGCCCCAGCCCACCUGCGACCCGGAGCAGCUAGGCCUGAAGCACGCAAAGAAGGCCCACCAACUGCAGAGCGAUGUCAAGUAUAAAUCUGACUUGAACCUGACCAGAGGUAUUGGCUGGACACCUCCCGGCUCCUACAAAGUGGAAAUGGCUCGGCGGGCGGCAGAACUGGCCAAGGCGAGGGGCCUGAGUCUCCAGGGGGCUUCUGGGGGGCCAGAGGCUGUGGGGCCCAUGGAUAAUCAGAGGGGGGACGUGAACCCAGACGCCAUGGAGAUUCUACAUGUCAACAGGAGGAAGGUUCUGUCGUUGUGAGUGAGCUGCGUCCGCCCAGGAUUCUUGGGAAAGAGGCUCAGGAGGAAAGGUGCCCACCAGAGACGUGCUUCCGUUCGAGCGAGCUGAAAAACCGUGUGGCAGCCCUUCCCCGAGCCCCUUUACUAAAACAACGACUCUCAGAAAGCCACAGAGAAUCUGGUAUUGUUGGUCUCCCGUCUAAUCCUGGAAGUGGGUGGCCCAUUCUGUGGCAUACCUUGGGUGUCUGGGAUGAGGAAUAAAGAUGUCAAGGUGA